ACAUCAGCUGCAGCAGCAACAUCAGCUGCAGCAGCAACAUCAGCAGCAGCAGCAACAUCAGCAACUUGCAGCCCACGACGAUGAAAAGAAAACGAAAUGCUCAGUGCCCGACGGUUUCACUUUCAUUCGCAACGCGCACGCGCAGCUGGCAGGGUCGCAAAAAGAGCACCUGAAAACACUCACCAAAAUACACCUUUGUGCCAUACGCAGCACAGAGAAUUACAAUUGUUUUAAUCGAAUAGAAAAGUGAUUAUAAGUGCGCUUUAAUUGGAAGGCAAUCAAUAUAAAUAAUUGAGUGUUUUCAUUUUAUUCCGCUGCAUCCAAUCGAACCUACGGCACUAUAUAUAUAAAAACCCCGUCGCGCAAUACUUGAUGGAUGCAGUAGCAAUGACAUAAGCCGCAAGCAAACGCAGCCCCAAGUUCAACAACUUGCCAAGAAAAGCGACAAACGUUUUAGGGAAAAUCUCUCGCCGAAAGAGAAAGAAAAGCGCCAUCCGCCAAAAGUGCCAAGGCAGCCACUUAGGAAAAAUCAUCAUCCAGCGACGUAUCGGUUAAAAUCAAACAGCCCGACAAGUGAGUGCCUAUAAUAGUCAGGAGUGUAGUGGAUUCGAUUCGAGUGGAGUGGAGUGAAGUGGACUGGACUGGAGUGGAGUGGAGUGGAGUGCAGUAGAGGCUAGUGGAUGGCCUUUGAAGCGGGCCCAAACAGGCUUGACGACUCCUCCAUUUGUCGCUUGGAAUUCGUCGUGGUCGCCGGGGUUAUUCACACCACCACCAGCAGCACCACCAGCACCACCAGCACCACCAUUCGCAAACCAAAAGCCCAGCUAACUCUUUCUGCUUUUGGCCAUUUCCGCAACAGCUCAAUGCGGCCCCACCGCCACCAACGACAUCUGCUAGCGGCGGCAGCCACGCUCUGCUGUCUGUUGGCCAUCAUCGUCCAGCCGGUCCUCUCGGAUGAUCCCCCACCCCCACCCGUAUCCGCAUCCGGACACAAUCCUCCCCAGAACUCCACGGAGCAGGCAGCCGAGGCAGCCCUGAGCGACAGCGGCCCCAAGGAGCUUAAUAAGCAGGCUGCCGGCCAACUCAUCCGCGAGGUCAUCGAAGGGCACCAGCACCAGACUAGCAUGGGAAGGGAACUGCUGGAGGACACAGAUCCGGAGAGGGAAUUGGAGGCGUCAGCCACAGAAAAAGAAGACGAGUUCGUGGGUGUCCCAGGCUUUCUGCCCACCAUGCUGCCUCCCAGGGAUUCGGAUACUCCCACCAAUGGGCAUGGCUACAUCCAGUUCGACAUCAACGAUGAGCUGCCGGUGGAGGUGGCCCGUCGCCAAAGGCCCAUUGAGCAGAUUGUGACUCGCUCGCGAACGGACACCGUCAACGAAGUGCUGUCCAAUCUGUUCCCCAAGGGAUUCUCCGACAUUUUCCGCUUUAGUGGAAACACGGAAGCAUCCACAUCCACAUCCACCACGACGACCACUACCACUACUACCACUGAUAAGGCAGUGGCCCGACCCACGGUGGUGGAUGUGGUCAGCACCACCGAGGCCGUCACCACUGAAAAAGCUACAGAAACUCCAGCUCCAGCCCCAAAUGCCACUUAUUACAGCUACCAGACCACCGUGACGAAGGAGUACCGUCGGGAGCUGGGGCCGGGCCACACGGAGAUCGUGGUGGAACACAUCCGGGAUCCGGGAUUCCGGGACGGCAGCAACCACAUUUCACGCGAUGAGCUGCUAAGGAUCAACCGGGCUGCCGUGGCUGCUCCUGUGCUGCCCAGUGUACUACUCCAACCGGAGAGCGAUGACAAUGAGACGCUGGUGGCGGCAGAGAGUGCUCCCAUCGUGAUCCUGGGCGAACACGAGGUGGAGCUGGAGGAGGGCCAGGAGAUCGACGACAACCAGAUUGCGGAGACGCGCCACGUGGGCAGAGAGGCGUACCAACAGCGCCUGCCAGCUCCGACCUUCGAUGGCAUCGAGAGCUAUGCCAACCAGAAGGGUCCUGGUCAGGAUCAGGAGAUCAAUGUGCACAUCGUCCACGACGAGACUUUGGGGAAAUCGCAGAAGGGACAGGGAAAGGUACUUCAGAAGGAGGCCAAGUUGCAGGCGCCCCAGCACUCCCUUGACCACUUCCAGGUGCACAGUGAGCAGCGCUUCCAGCAGCAUUACCCCAGCCCCGAGGCUCCUUCGCGCCAGUUCCUUAAGAGCUUCAAUCCCAUCGUCCAGGGCAGUGGUGAUGGACCCCUGCCGAAGGGCAGUUUCCACUACGAAGGACAGAGUCCUCCGCAGCGCCAUAAUCCUCGGCCGCCAAAGGAGGAAGACUAUGGAAAGCUUGUGAGACCUGCUGCCCAGUUGGCCUACCAACAGGAGUUCAGCCAGGUGAUUCCACAGGUCCAGAAGCAGCCGGAGCAGCAGCAGCCGGAAUCGCUGCACACAAAGGCCAUUUCCUCGCCCUCGCCGGCGGUGCCGCAAUACUCCGGCUAUGCAGGUCCCACUCCCGCGUCCGCCACUCCCAAUAGCCUGGUUUUUGUCACCUUGAACACGCCAUCGCCACCUCAUUCCUCGCCAGCUCCUCAGGUGGCUCAUUCUCACACCCUCGAGCCAGGUGUCCAGAUCACAGUCAAUCAUCCGUCUCCACAUACGUACGUGGCGGAGGCAGCCGCCGAGCAAUCCCAGCAACAUGUCGUUCAAGCUCCAGUUCCCAAGAAAUCAAGUCCCUACACCUUCGUGGAAGUGCAGAAAUCCGUGAACAUCCACAACAAACUGAUCACGGAGAAGGAUGGACGUCUGGUGGAACAGCACGAGACCAUCUACCACCAGCCCUAUCUGCUCAAUCACCUGCCGCCGCCUGGUCCGGCUGAUCCGACCAAGAGCUACACAUCCCUGGCCAAAAAUCCCAUCCACGUGGAGUACGACAGUUCGCCCCAAGAGGUGGCCAUCUCGCAUGCAGCCAUUCAUCUGGACACCGACCAUUCGGGGCACUCUGCUCCAGGUCCCGUUCAGCAAACGGUUCAUCCGGGUCCCAUUUACACUCCGGCUCAGCAGGAGCAGCAGGUGCAUCACCAGGAGAAUCAUGUGCAACUGGUUAAUCCUGAUCAUCAGGUGCAUCAAGAUCAUCAGGUGCUCCAUGAGCCGCAGCUGGACCAUGAUCCUCAGAUUCAUAUUGAACACCAUGACCACCAUGACCACCACGACCACCAUGACCAUCAUGACCACCAUGACCAUCAUGACCACCAUGACCACCAUGAUCACCAUGAUCACCAUGAACACCAUGAGCAGCCUGCUCCACAGCCAUAUCAGCAGGUGGUGGAGAAGCAUAUACCCAUUCCCUAUGCCGUGCCACAACCUGUGCCCGUUCCCGUCCACGUGGAGCACUACGUGGAUCGUCCCUAUCCGGUGGAGACGAUUGUGGAGCACCCCGUGCCCUAUCCCGUCGAGCGGGUGGUGGAGAAGAUCGUUGAGAAGCACGUGCCCGUGGAGGUGGAGCGCAUUGUGGAAAGGCCCGUGCAUGUGGAGAAGAUUGUAGAGAAGUUCGUGGACCGCCCGAUGGCCAUUCCGAUUCACGUACCCGUGGCCAUACACAUGCCCAUGCCGCCCGGUCACUCCUCCCUGGCCUUCGCCCACCACGGCCAUCCCAAUGCCCUGACUCCCUGGGCCCACUCCGUGGCCCACAUUCCGCCGAAGGUGCUGCAGAACUACUACACGCGGAUGCUCAAGAAACUGUUGCCCCAACUCACGGCCAAAGCCCCAGCUGCCCCGCAAUCCCCCAAGGCGCCGAAGUUGAGCAAGCCGGUGGCGGCCAUUAAGCAGCCGGUGAAGCCCGUGAGGGGAGAGGCGCCCAAGGUGGCCACCUUCAGUUUGGCCGACAUGAAGUUCGACCUUCGCCCACCGCCGCCGCCGCAGGGUUCGUCGUGGCUGCAGGGUGCCCGCUAUAUCUACAACACCCUGCCCGUCGACCUGGCCACAGCCGCCGCCUCCUCGGCUCCCGUCCAGAUGGUCAAGUCCUACAUUGGCCCCGUUCCAGACACCACCUCCUCCGUUUCGGGCCCCGGCGAUGCCCCCCUGACCAGCGAGUUCGAUGAGUUCCAGCGAUGGCGCAACGGGCACUCCCUAAAACGCAGUCCCGACUUCGGGCGCAACCUUCAACUGGAGUACGGGUUCAAGCCCCCUUUGGUGCCGUCCAUGGAAAUCGACGACAAGGGGAAUCCCCUCAAGCAGGCGGAACAAUCGGAGACGCAGUGAUGGAAUAUGAUUGCGGAGACAAAAGCGUGCCAAAAUAUAAAGAUAUAGUAUCUAUUUAUGUAACAUAUUUAAAACACAGCAUUUAAUAAAAUUAUAUUACACUUUAU